AUGGCGGAACAAGAAACACAAUUGCCUGAAGCCCCUUUCCCUGCACCACCACCUUUUUGGCGACAUUUCACAACAGCGAAUGAGGAAAAGCUGAAAGAGCUCGAGUCCAGCGCAGGAGGGCCGCCUGAAAAGUUACCCAUCCCACUCGCGUACCUGCGUCCACCACCUCCACCUCCUGACACCGCCGAGGUGUACACGACGUUCGGCCAGAACCAGGUCAUCGAUCCUACGAAGCCAUCCUCCCUGCCUAGAGACCAGCUUCUUUUCAACCCCGACGAUCCGAACCUCAAUCAUGCCGUCCUCCUGAGUCGAUUGACAAAAUCUCUGAUGCUCAAUUUCCUUGAGUUGACCGGCGUUCUGUCGCUCGAUCCUACACAAUACGAGGAGAAGAUGGGAGAUAUCAGGCAAUUGGUACUGAACAUACAUGUGGUGAUCAACAUGUAUAGACCCCACCAAGCUCGGGAAAGCGUCAAGGAGAUGCUCGAGGGGAUUUUGGAAGAUGGACAGAGGGAAAUCGAGGAAAGCGACAGGCUGAAGCAGAGGGUCGAAGACUUCCUGGGCGAUCUCGGGAAGAUGGAGUCACAUGCAGGAUCUGAAGGCCUGGCACAGAGGAACACAACCCCAGCCAACGGAGCAAAGAGCGACGCGAAGAUGGACGAACAGCGACGAAUGUGGCAGAUGAUUCAUGAUAUGGUCGAUUGA